UGUUUCUCGACCGAUAAAUAUCGGUCACCGCUAAAAUAUCGUAGGCUGCUAACGUUCGUCGACGAAAUCGGUAUUUUGUUUCUCGUGGGCAACCGAAGCGAUAAAUGAUUUGACGUUUCGACCGCACCGAUAUUUUGUGCAGUGUUGCCACAUAUAUUCCGAUAAUGCAGCUACCUUCAUUAUUGUUUUUUGACAGUUUCGAAUUUAAUUUAGAUUUGCGCUUUUUUUCAAAUGGCACGUUUUCUGCCUUAUUUCGUCAACGACGACCGUAAUUAUUUACGGAGACUUAAAAGACGCGCUAGAAUCACAAAUGAUCCUUUCGAUUUGCCCAAUCAACGAUUUAUUGAAUUAUUUCGAUUUGAUAAACGUACAAUGCGUGAGGUGAUUGACAUGAUCGAGCCUCACAUGAUGCCAGGCCAACGAGGUCAUCGAAUCAGUAGGCAAAUUCGAAUUUUGGCAGCAAUAAGGUUUUUGGCUUGUGGAAGUUACCAACGUUGCGUGGGACAGGACUGCUUCAUUAAUUUAUCGCAAUCUCAAAUUUCUAUUGCUGUUAAUGAAGUAACCCAUGUAAUUGAGCGCCAUCUGAACCAUUUUAUUAAUUUCCCAAGUCAAGAAGAAUACCCUGCCAUAAAACGGACGUAUGAAAGUCUCAUGUUUUCUAUAAGAACUUUUUCUCUAUUUUACUUUGUCUAUAUAGAGUAAUGGAACGUUUUAACUUGCCAGGUGUCAUUGGGUUUGUUGAUGGCACGCACGUUGCUAUUUUGAAUCCAGGUAGAGAUCGAGAGCACCAAUACCUCAACCGCAAGGGAUACCAUUCAAAGAAUGUUCAACUUAUUUGUGGUCCCAACAACAGAGUAUAUGCAGUAAAUGCAGCACACGGAGGCGCAUCUCAUGAUGCAUUUAUUUGGCGAACGAGUAACAUUAACACCAUGUUACAAAUGCGUCUCACAGAAGAUGGUGACAGAAAUUCUUGGCUUUUGGGUGAUUCUGGGUAUCCUCUCAUGCCCUACUUACUAACUCCUUUUCCACAUCCACCUGAGAACACCCCAGAAUCGAGAUUUAAUAAUGCGCAUCGUAGGGCUCGUUCUUGUAUAGAGCAGUGCAUUGGGAUUCUAAAAGCCAGAUUUCGAUGCCUUCUGUCUGAGCGCGCAUUACGGUACUCUCCACCAAAAGCCGGCACCAUAAUCAAUGCCUGUGUGAUACUGCACAACAUUAUGGUUGAGCGCGAUUUGCCGUUGCCUCCGGAGGUUGAUAUUUUAAAUGCAAUUUACCAACACCAGGCCGACGAAGAUGACGACCACCCCGACCAUCAAAUUGAAGCCCCUGAGAACCGAGCUGCUGCAGCGCAAAAUCGUGCACGUAUUGCACGUAAUUACUUCCGUUAGUUUUACGCACAGAACACGACAUAUUCUUUCUUUGUUUUUUGUUUGUUUGUUAAAUGUCUUAAAUUAUCUCUACGAGAGCGGUUCACGGUAUCUACCAGCUCGUGUAACCGCGCAGAUUUAAAUA